AUGAAGAUGCUCGCGCUCGCCUUCGCCGCUGCCAGCGCCUUCGCCCCGUCCUGCCAGGAGGCGGCAAUUUCGGAGGGGAACUGCGCGAGCGGGCUUCGCAUGCGCUGCCCGGCUGCGCUGCCUCCGGCCAAAGCGAUCCCAGGCGUGCCGCUACUCGUGGAGGAUCUCUCGGACAGAGUGCAUGAGGGCGACGGGCUCCCCACCUACGCCGUAAGUGUGCUCUACCACGAGUGGCCGGGGCACGUGCGUUCGCCCAUCAAGCAGUACGACCAGAGUGGCAUGCUGUGCGUGAAGCGGGGCCAGAUUCGGCUCGUGCUGCAAGGCGCAGCUGGCAAGGUAGCGAAAACUGGCGAGUGCCUCUUGCUGCCGCAGGAGCCUCUGAGCGUGGUCAGCUCAGACUCGCCCGCUCAGUUCUUCCUCUACACCGCCAGCCCGGGCUACCUGGAGGUGGACGGGAGAAUCUGCGAGCCUUCGUCACAGUGGAGUCUCGGCAUCGUCGGAUGCCCCACAUGCUCCGAAGUUCACGAGCAGCAAUGCAAGACGUAUGCAACGUGCGCAGGGCACUCGAACGCCACCGUUUCCCCUGAUUCGUGUGAGUACGAGUGCGUAAUCAACGGCGAGCCGGCGCCCACAGUGCAGUGGCUCGUGCCGACAACCGCCCGCUCGGACAAUGCUGGCAAGGUCGUUGCAAUGGAGCCCUCGUAUCCUGUGCAGGGCGGUCACUCGGGGGACAUGCUCGACUUCUACGCCGUCUUGGGAUCCGGUCGCAAUACCCUCCCGGGCGACAACCACCGCCUCUACGCGGAGAGGACGACCCGCAUUCCUUUCACGCGCGCGCUCGUGCACACCCACGACUGGACGGGUGUUACUUGCGUGCAGCAGGGAGAGAUGACGCUUCUGCUCGACAUGGUGGAGCCGGUGACAGUGCGCGAGAGCGGAUGCUACUGGAUGCCUGCAGGACGCUAUAUGACGGGGAUGAACACCGGGAACGUCACGGCACUAAUGUGGGACCUGUACGCUGAUGCGGAAGAAGACGACAUUUGCCGUGCGGAAGGCGGCGUGCUCGUCGACGGGGCGACCGUCCGCCCGCUCUCCCCCAAGGAGCGCUUCAACCAGAGCGCUUCGCUUGUGCGCCGCAUCAAGGAGAUUUGCGAUCUCACCGCCGGCACGCUUGAGCCCUUACUGGCGCCAUACCCCGCGUGCGAGUGCAUCGGGCAAUUCGACGAGACGGGAAGUGUGGAGUGGGCGCUCUGA